GAAUGAAGUACRUACGAAUGUAGUUUUUGGUGGCAGUUCAGCAGUUGCUGGCAGAAUUUCGAGCAUAUUUUUUCCUUCUCAUCUUUUUUUUGCCUGAUGACGACUGAAUGGUUUUGUUUUCUUCCGAUGACGAAAAAAGUGCAGAUUGCUGGCAGCGAGAAAACAGUACCAUACUACAUACCGGUACAGUUCUUGUCACCGAACAGAAGAUUCGUUCAUAAGUMACGGUGUCGUAUGAAUCGAAUACUCCUCGUAUCGGUACAAUGCUCUCUCGGAUCAUCUUCGUUCCACUCUUUACAAUAUUGAGAGCGGCCGGCACUUCCCAGGCAUUGAUCGCACCAGCCACAAGACCAUCGGCUUCUUCCCCCCGCUUGUCGGCCACCACCGGAAGCUCGGAGGUUGCUUGGACCGAAGCCGAGUUGCUCGAAGAGAAAAUCAGGAUGAGCCAGGGCAAGGGGGAUGCAGAGCCAGUCCCCCGGCUGGUUCGCAUCAAGGCGGAACUCCUCGAUCGAGAUUCCGACUUUUCGAACCUCGGGGAACUCCUGGCGAACAACAACAACGGCGGCGGCGAGGAGACGAUCGCCACUAAGAUCGUUCACUUUCAGCGCCACGGGCAGGGCUACCACAACCUGCUGGGCGACGUCCUGCGGGACGCGGGCGUCCGACCGGACAUCUUCAGCUCCGACCCGGCAAUCAACCCGUGGAUCCGCCCCGAGAUCGUCGAUUCGCCCCUCACCGAYCUGGGGAAACGCCAGUGCGAGGGGCAGCGGGCCCACGCGGCGCGGCUCAAGCCGGAAGCGGUGGUYGUCUCGCCCCUCCUGCGGGCCGUCCAGACCGCAAAGCUGAGCUUUGCCGACUACGACGAGGCCAUCGGCAACGGCAUCCCRUGGAUCGCCCACGAGGGCUGCCGGGAAGAAGUYGGGUACCUGGUGUGCAACAAGCGGCGGCCGCUCUCGGAAAUCAGGGCCGACUUUCCGGAACUCGAGUACCCGCCGGAAAUGACGGAAGAGGACAGCCUGUGGGACCCGUCGGCCUUUGAGAGCGAAACCGCAAAGGGGAACCGGAUCUACGACUUUUUGGUGAACUUCCUCGCGGAGCGCCCCGAGCGAAACCUUGCGGUGGUGUGCCACUCGGCCUGGCUGGCCGCCAUGUGCAACGACGUGCUGGAUUGCGGGGGCGACGAAAACCUCACCUCGUGGUUCGGUGUGAGCGAGAUUCGGUCCGUGAGGCUGACCUUUUCGAAAGCCGAGUAGGGCUCGGGAUGAAAGCCGGUGAUCGCAAUACAGCACACGACAUCCUGWGCCGGGAAAGAAGAUUAAAUCAWAGAGUAAUUC